UGUGGUGUGUUUGUGGCAUGUUUGUGGCGUGUUUGAGGCGUGUUUGAGGCAUGUGUUGUGGUGUGUUUGUGGCGUGUUUGUGGCAUGUUUGAGGCAUGUUUGAGGCAUGUGUUGUGGUGUGUCUGUGGCGUGUUUGUGGCAUGGUUGAGGCAUGUGUUGUGGUGUGUUUGUGGCAUGUCUUCUCCCAGUGAGUGCAGUGACGUGUCUCCCGCUGUGUCCUCAUAUAAGCCCUGUCCCACUGGGUUCGAGAUCUCCUUUCUGACUGUUGGCGGUGCUGAAGGCAGAGAAAUGCCGGAUCUGCUCAAUAUAAAGAGUUCCGGCUGUUUAGCCGUGUGUAUAUGAAGCUCCUCCGCGUGUCCAUCUGCUGCUGAUCUCCAGUUCUGUCACUGAAAGGGUUUCAUUACUGCACAUCUGCCCGCCGUGUGUUUCAGAAACAUCUGUAAUCUUUGUGCAGAGACUGUGUCUUCGGCACUAAAGAUGGAUCUGCUGAUGCUGAAGGAGGCCCUGAGGAGCAGGUGGAGGAGCGGGUGGAGGAGUCCGUCCACACACACCAGCGCCCCCUACAGCACCAUCACAUCACUGCACUAUGAACACACACACACACACAUGUUCAUUAUUCAGGCUUAACGCUUCCUCACAGGCCUCUUGCUCUUUGUGCUGCUGUAGAAAUAAAGAGUGAAUCCCAGUGUUUGUGUCUGACAGAGUCGUGUGGUCAUCGCUGACCCGUGAGGCAUUAAAUGAGUUCUGUCUUGUUUUAUUCCUGUAAAACAGAUUGAGAUGUAGAAUUAAAGCCUCUCUUCAUUAGGAGCCAACCGCCGGUGUCUGAGUCUUCUGUGUGUGAUGAUGUAUAAUCUCCAACACUGCACAAACACAGCUGUAAUGGGAUAACACACACUCUUCUACACUGGUGCUGAGCUCCAUAAGCCGUCUCUGUGCGGUUCUGGGUUCACUGAGCCGCUGUGUAGUGUGUUUCAUGCGAAUAUAAGUCCAGUGUGUGUGUGUGUGUGUCAGGAUCAGUGUGUGUCUGUUCUCUGGGUCCAUGAUUAGCCAUAACAGACUGUAAGCCUCCUCAAAGCUGGAUAAUAUCAGCUGAUUGAUAAAGCCGCUGACCUUGAGAGUCUCAGCCAAUCAGACGCGAGCAUCAGUGAGUGUGCACCUGAGCGACGGGCGUGAGCCGCUAAACUCCAUCAGCCGAGCAGGACUGCAUGCGCACGGAUUAGCGAUGUCCGCUCCGCGCGAGCCGCCGCCUCUGCUGCCCCCUGCAGGUGAGGAGGAGCAGGUGUACUUCCAGAGCUACGUCCCGCCGGCCAGAGAUGCCAUCCACCUGCCCAUACACGUCUUCUACAUGAUCCUGGCCUCCAUCAUCAUCGUGGCCACGCUCUACGCCAUCAUCGGACACCUCAUCAAAGACCUGAUGCACGACCUAGCAGAUUACCUGUUCGGCCUGCAGCCGGAGGAGAUCCACAUCAACCUGUGUGAGACCAGAGAUAAGUUCAUGGCGGACUGGUGUCCGGAGACGAGCCCGGAGCUGGAGGCGCUGGCCCGCGCUGAGGAGAUCCAGGUGGUGAUGGAGGGCGGCCGGUUCACCCCCGCCAUCUGGGUCAUUUCAGACGGCAUCGAGCCCCGGGCGCCGCGGUCCAGUCCACGGGUGGCAUUCGGGAAGAACGUGUAGAGCAGCCGCGCUGACCAGUGUACUCCAGUACAGUCCAGGACUGGUCCAGGACACAGUGCACUGGUUAAGCUGCGGAGCCCCUGCUGGUCUCUGCCGGUACUGCACCUGUCCAGAAGCAUCAGCAUCAUUACAUUAGCAGAUACUGGAGUCAUCUCUCUAACACUGGAGACGUUCAUCCUACACGGCAGCUCUCCGGCUUCAGGCAUCAGUGUGUCACUGUGUUUGUUUGAUUGCUAAAUGUUAGCUUAUAGCAGGAGUCGGGAACCCUUUUUCAGCAAAGAGCCAUUUCUGUGUUCUUUUAGCAAAUGCAUUUUUAAAGAGCCAUUUAGAUGUGUUCACAGCGGAGGUCAGACUUAUCUCAUCCCCCCCCUGUUUAUUUUUCCCCAUUUUCUGUUUAUCAGAGAGCAGAUUUCUCCAGCACAUCUCUUGCCUAAUUACCCUAACCUGCUUAGCUAACCUGAUUACCUUAGGUAAUCAUUAUGUCAUCAUGACAAAGAGAAAAUAAAUCAGUGAUUAGAGAUGAAUUAUUAACACUGUUAUGAUUAACGAUGGUUUGUUCUGGAGACUAUCGAGAAAAUAAACAGCUUAAAGGGGCAAAUAUUGACCUUCAAAUGGUGCUUAAACAAUGAAAAACUGCUUUUAUUCUAGCAAAAUUAAACAAAAUCAGACUUUCUCCAGAAGAUCAGACAUUAUCAGACACACUGUGAACAUUUCCUCAAUCUGUUCAACAUCAUCUGGGGAAUAUUUAAAAUAAAUAAACUCAAAGAGAGGCGAAUAAUUCUGAUUUCAACAGUGUCUGAAAAUGCCUCUUUAAAAUGCAUUUGCUACAGCAUUACUAUGCAUUACUAAAUAUAUUAUAGUAUUACUGCUAAUAUAUUACUGUUAUUAUUAGUGUAAAUAAAACAGGUUUUAUCAAAACCUUAA